UAACAAAAUAUGCAAACGAAAGAAACAGAAAAAAAAUUUUGAAAAGAAACACUCAUUAGAAUGGGGAGUUUUUUCAUUUUAUUUUCGUUCGAAUUGUCGAAAAUAUAUAGAUUAAUUUUUCUCCGAUAAAACAUUGAAACCUAUUAUUCAAUAAUAAUGGAUAUUACGGUGAUAAUUUUCAUAUUCUGGACAUCAUCAUUAUUUGUUUUAACCUGUUCGUAUGAUGAACAAUGGCCAAUAAUUACGACAAUCGAUAUGAUCGAUAUUCAUGAUGGUCAAGAAUCGAUAACAAUGAAUCAGAAUGUAAUAACAUCAACAUUAAUAACAUCGACAAUUCAAUCAGAUGAACAAUCCGAAUCAAUGACAACAAUGACUAAUAUGAACAAAAUUGACGAACAAAUUGUUGAUAAUUUUCGACCAACUGUUGACGAUGAUGGCCAACAAAAAUUAAAUAAUGACAAAAUUAAUCGUCUAAAUACAAACGGUCAAAUAGAUAAUUGUUGCCUGAAUAAUCAAACAAUUACAGAAAUUGAGAAAAUAGUCGAAACAAUCGUAAAAAAUAUGAAAUCAUCAAUCAUUUUGGCCAUAUACGAGAAUAUAACCGAGACAUUGAAUGUGAACCAAAUAAUCUCAACAACUGUUGAUUCAAUCAUUAAUUCAACCAGCAAGCCAAAUGUUGAUGAAAUAACCAUUGUUCCAUAUAAUGGAGAAAAUAUUACUGAAACAACAAUGAAAUCAAUGAAUCGUACACGUGUCAAUUUGACUAAUAAUAAUAACAAUAACAACAACAUUAUUAAUACUGCUGGACAAUGGUUUACAAUUUGGAUAUGGUUAUUAUUGUUACAGAUUGAAAUAAUAUUAUUAAUCGCUAUAAUUGCUAUAUGUAUUUUAAUGAGAAAAAACAGCUAUAACAAUAAUGAUGAUGAUGAUGAUGGUGAUGGUAUUAAAUCCAUAUCUAAAUAUGAUUUAGCUUUCGAUAAUAAUGGCAUGAUUAUUGAUCAAUCAUCAUCAAAUAUUUCAUCAUCGAUCAAUGAAAAUUGUUUGUUUCAAAUGUCAUCACAAUCAACACAACCACCACCACCACCAACAUUGGAAAUUCAACGUCAAAUGAUAUUUAAGAGUGAAAAAUUUCAAAGAAAAUUAUCCGAACCAUUAUCAAUAGAAAAAACUAAUCCAUCAACUAGUGGCGGUAGUGGACAAUAUUGGCUUUGGGCUCGUCCUAGCACACCAAUCAUGAAAAAUGUCAAUAAGAUUGUUAUGAAUGAAUGUCGUCUUUAAUUUUUUAUUUUUUAUUUUUUUUUUUGGAUUACAAAAAUCAAUUCAAAUCAUCUAGCAAUCAAAUUGAAUAAAGUGGCCAAAUAUCGUAACCAAACGAUACGAUCA